AUGAAGUUUAAAAUUAUACUGAUACUUUUGCUUGUCGCACUGUUGGCUAUAACAGUUGAAGGUGGUGGAAAGAGACGACGACGAUAUAAAGGACGUCCAACAAGGACCUUAAUUAGAAAGAAAUAUACUACAACGACAACGAAGAAUCCUUACUGUCUCACAAAAAAUAUCGAACGAUUUAGAGAACUUUCUAUAGAAAAAAUGUUUGAUGUUUUAUGCCUUACUGAGACACAUAUUACUGAAGAUAUUCCAGAUUCUAAAAUUAAAAUAAAUGGAUUUAAUAUGGUUCAAAUUAAUUCCCAUAGCAGACGUACAGGAGGCGUCGUAAUUUACGUAAAAAAUAAUUUAAAAUUUAUUGUAACAACGAAGGAAUGUUCAACAAAAGCUUGGAUAAUUACAAUUAAAAUAGAUGAAUAUGCGUUGAAUAUUACAGGAAUUUACAGAUCUCCUUCACAAAAACCGUCAGAAUUUUUCCAAUUUCUAGACUCUUACAUCCAUAAAAAUCUCGAUUGCAUUAAUGAUAAUCAAAUCAUAAUUGGAGAUAUGAACUUGAAUGUUGCAAAAACUCAGGAGAGGAAAAUCAAAGAUUAUUUGAAUAUUCUUCGACGUCAUGAUUUAAUACAAGUUAUAACCGAGUACACAAGAUACGAUAAAAAGAAUAAUUCUUCAUCGAUUAUUGUUAAUAAUUGUUAA